UUUCACUUUCCUUUUGAUUUCGGUAUCAACAUAACACACUGCCCGCAACUGUUUUGCAGCGAUCGAGCCGGUCGGUAUCAACUACAUACUUACCCAUCUUAGCGGGAGCAGAUCGCCGAAUUGGAUCUCUGGCAGCCCUGCAUCUUUGUCUCCGGAGGUACUUCAAAGAACUUGAUCCGAUCAUGUCUCUGCUCCUCAACAUCCCGGUAGAGCUGCGGAAGCUCAUUAUCGAGCAUGUGCUCUAUACCCCGCUCAGCCCGCCCGUGGCCCCUUGUACAUCCGAUGCGGUCAGAUACCGCGAUAUGAGUUACAAAGCAUGGACCUCGGGAGUGAAUUACACGCAGAGGAACAAGCCCAGCUCGUCAGACUGUCUAUCUCUUCUUCUCACCAAUCACCAAUUAUCCACCGAGACUCUCCACGUCCUCGAGCACAGCAGAGUUGACUAUACCCUCGAUAUCUCUGUCAAAGAUGACUUGGAGCUCUACCUGACGUGGCUUUCCGUGCCCUGUCUCACAACCCAUGUCUCGACCCUCUACGCGCACGUGCGUCUGUUCGGUCACAUCAUCGAGCAGCGCACCGCGCGCUGCCAACUCGGCGAUGGCGGCCGGCUAGGCUUCCACUGGUCCUUCUACGCGGCCCUGGAGCGGUUCCUCCGCUAUGGUCCCGUGGGGGAGAAGAAGCGCGAAGGCGAGGAGCCUGAUGCCGAGUCUUCCGCUCAUCGAUGUCGCGACGACACGGAGGAUUUCCAGGAUCGAGGGGUCGCGAUCGAAACACUGGUCCUGGACUUCCAGUCGGCAGAGCUGGAACUUUCUUUCCCGCCGGAAGAUGUUUCAUACAAGCAUUGGCGGUGGUGGCAUUGCGGUCGAGACAUGAGGAGUCCGAGCGCAGGUCUGGAGCCGUUGUCGUCGUACAAAACGCGUCCCCAGUGGCUUUGUCAAUAUUUGAGGAUGGAGAUAGGAGGUCUCCUCCAAUUGGGCUAUCACACUGCAAGGUACGGACAGCCUCUGUACGAGCAUAUUGGGACCAUCCGGAUGCUUGUGGACGGGCAGCUGGUUGACGAGCUCGACCUUGCUGCUUGGUUAGCUCGUCUACAUUUUACCGAUCCAGAGGACACGAUGGGUCAUCUGGUCAGAGAACAGAGGCUGUAUAGCUUUGAGGAAUGGAAGCGGGAGACUUGGUCCUUGAGGAAGGAGCGUGGACUGCCUGUGAUAUGGCCGUCGGAUGAUGAUGAGAAUAAUUAAUCUGUGAUCUGGGAUUGGGGAGGGGUGAAAGCCGACGGUAGCCUGCUAGGGCAAGCAGGUUUUCUGGGGCGCCAGAAGCACCCAAGAGGGAAUCUACCAUCGGCACCCGCCGUCCCUCUUGAACCACCCUCGUUGAACCCUAAAAGCAAGGCCAUAUUCUAAAC